AUGCCUUUUCUACCUCUCCCCCCCCCUUCACCAAAGGACGAACAUGGCUUCGUCGCCCGCGAGUUCAACCGGAAGUACCGAAUCCCAGCCGACGUGGACCCCCUCACCAUCACCUCCUCCCUCUCCUCGGAUGGCGUCCUGACGGUGAAUGGACCAAGGAAACUCAAGGGAAUCCCGGAGCGCAGCAUCCCUGUCAUGCGGGAAGAAAAAUCGGCCCUCCUCCCAGGACCAAGGAAAUAAAAAGACCCCCAGAGACCCUGACCCUUUUUUUUUAAAUACCAAAGAAAAAAGCCUUUUCACGGGACCGAAACGGCCAAUCGAUUCUUCUUUGUUUAUUCCCCUGUGCAAAGAUGGGCACGAGAGUUUCUUUAGUAACAAAUAAACAGCGGGCCAGCUUCUCCCUCAGUCUUCAUGGCCCGCUUCAAUCUUAGCUAAGGCUCGGUCCUGAACGGAGGGACUAAUCCAGCUGUGGAACUGCGAAGAGAGUCACACACAGAACUAGGAAGGAACCAGAACGGAAACACGAAGGGGUCGGGGACUCUCCUGGCGGGCAUUUCUUUUAUUUUAGGAACGGCUGCCCAUCUUGGUGGUGGGGCAAGGAGACCCCUCCCUGGCAGAGAUUUUCCAGCCCCAGGGGAUCC